AUGAAGUGGUUUUUGACGACUGGGAGGAGACCAAUGCCAUUAGUGGCAGCUGUUUUGGUGUUUGUGGCAGAGUUGAAUUGGGUUGGUUUGAAGAUUGAGGAUGUUGCCAAGGAGGUAAACUGUGUUCUUGGAACAUGUAGAAAGCGAUACUCAGAGUUGUUGGAAGCACUUGUGAAGGUGGCUCAGGCAUUGCCAUGGGGAAAGGAUGCAAAUGUAAAAAAUAUAGCUAAGAAUGCGCCUUUUGUAAUGCAUUAUAUGCAGUUCAAGUCCAGGGAGAAGAAAAAAGAAGACAGGGAAGGGCUAGAGAGUGGUGCGGUUGAUUUUGAUGACGUGGUUAGGGAGUGUUUGGAAAAAGAUUUUGAGUAUGGGAUUGAUGAGGACGAGGUGAAAAGUGGUGCUCGGUAUUUUGAUAUGGAUGAUAGAGGUGGGUUUACUAGAAGGGGGGCUGGAAAUGGUUAUAAGAUUGAGCUUUCUCCUGAAUGCUUGGGAAUGAUUUAUGCUAAGUUUUCUAAUGAGGUUGAUGGUAGGAAGUCAUCAAGAGAGAAUGAAGAGGUAAAGGGAAGAACAAGAAGUAGAGGUUUCGAUCUUAGUUCAUGUAGGGAGUGGUGGAAUGGAAAAUCAGAAAUGAGCCAGAAACUUGUGCUUAAGAAAAUUUUGGAGAAAGAUGUAGGACUGGAUGUUGUGCCUCCAUCAUAUGUUAAUGGCUGCAUGGCGAAUGAGAAGAGGAGAGCAAAGAUAAAUUCUGCAAAGGUAAGGAUAAAUAAGAUUAUGGAUCCAUCCAGAGCUGAUGUAGCUGAUAAUGACAGUGUGGAAUGUGUACUUAGUGGGAAGAGCAGAAACAGAAAAGGAAUUGGUGAAAUUGAUUGGGAAGACUUUAUUAUAGAGACACUCCUCCUCCGUCAGGUGAAAGAGGAGGAUAUUGAGACAGGACAUCACAAUACCCUACUGGCCUUGCAUGUGUUCGACUGUGGGAAAAUGUGA